GAAAAGCAGGAAAUCAUGGACAUUGUGCAACCUUCGACCCCUCUACCCCCUUGGUUCUCUGAGGAAGACCUGGAAAUAUAUGGAGCUUUGUAUGAGAAAUCUGGUUUCCAGACUGCAUUGCAGGUUCCCUAUUGGUACAACGACAAUCUAUGUCUAUUUGAGCUGUCACUGCUUGAACAAGCCAACAUUAAAGAUCCAAGAGUUCAUAUUCCGGCACUGUUUAUUGUGGGUGACAAGGAUUAUUUCCUCAAAUUUCCAGGAGUCAAAGACUACAUAAGUGGAGGACUCAAAAGUUUAGUCCCUAAUCUGCAGAUGGCUAACUUGCCAGAAGGAACCCAUUUUGUUCAAGAACAAUUACCUGACGAGGUCAAUCAACUCGUGCUUGACUUCCUUACGAGGAAUAGCCAAUCUUGAAAAUCAUCAAUAAGGCUUUGUCCGAAAGCUUUCAACAGUUCGGUUGUUGCAUCUAUUCGGAUGUGUGAAUGAGUAACUCCAUCUGUGAUGUUCUAUCAAGUCCUAGUUGUUUUCUACAUCUAAAGUUGUACUGCAGUAAGCAGUGACCCUAGAGUUUUUAGUCUACAUCUUCAAUAUGAGCCACUAAUACUGCAUUAGGGUAGGCUGUCUACAUCACACCCCUUGGGGUGCGGCAUUUCCUCGGACCCUGCGUGAAUAGGGAUGCUUUGUGCACCGAACUGCCCUUAUCUUCGAUACGAGAGUGUCUGUAAUAAUGUCCAGUGUACUUUCCUGGUAAAGCUGAAAAGGGUUGAAUAAAUGUAAAAAGCUGAAAAGGGUUGAAUAAA